CCUCGUUUCAAUCACUCUUCUUGUUCGGUCUAGGUAGAGACCGCCAUCCACAUUGACUCGUUCCCUCCGCGUCUUCACCUUCAUCCUCAUCAUCCUUUUCUUUCCGAGUCAUUCGGUCCAUCACGAUUGUUGCACCCCUGCCGCCUUAGUAACCAUCGCGCCGCAAAGUCUCAUUGCCCCACGCAAAUCAACCGCAUCCCAUUCACUCACAUCCAGCAGCCCAAGUCAAUCUUGCCGCUGUCACCUUUCACAACCUUUCACAACCUUGGCCUCUCCGACCGUGUGCCAGUCCUUUUUGCGACCUGCACCAUUCUGAUCUCGCCUCAGCACGACCACGACCACGAUCCUCCGCGCCUCUGAUCCUCUUCCCUACCGUUGGUUUAUCGUCGCCUAGCUGAUCGCUCCACAACCGCCGAUCCUCAGUAAAUAUUCACUCUUCGUCUGCGAUCUCUCCGCCAUCGCCGACCGACCGCGAGACUCCUAAUACCUCACCCCCAUCAGCACACCGACCAAGACAAGACCGCAUCGUUGAUCAACAUGGCGGAAUUCGUGCGAGCCCAGAUCUUUGGCACAACCUUUGAAAUCACUAGCAGGUACAUGAAAUGACUACAUUGAGGCAAAAGAGAUGGUCUAACUAGGUACAAGAUACACUGAUUUGCAGCCCGUGGGCAUGGGAGCUUUCGGUCUGGUUUGGUAACGAUUCUUUGCACCAGAAGCUUCUCACCGUGGUUGCUGACGCCUUGCCAGUUCUGCGAAAGAUCAACUCACAGGUCAAGCCGUAGCUGUGAAGAAGAUCAUGAAGCCUUUCUCGACACCUGUCCUCGCAAAGCGUACAUAUCGAGAGCUCAAACUGUUGAAGCAUCUUCGACAUGAGAACGUCAUCUCUCUCAGCGACAUCUUCAUCUCUCCCCUCGAGGAUAUCUACUUCGUGACCGAACUGUUGGGGACCGACCUCCACCGAUUACUGACAUCCAGACCUCUGGAGAAGCAGUUCAUCCAAUACUUUCUUUAUCAAAUCUUGCGAGGUUUGAAAUACGUUCAUUCCGCCGGCGUUGUCCACAGAGACUUGAAACCUAGUAACAUUCUGGUCAACGAGAAUUGCGACUUGAAAAUCUGCGACUUUGGCCUGGCCAGAAUUCAAGAUCCUCAGAUGACCGGCUAUGUGUCCACACGCUACUAUCGAGCACCUGAAAUUAUGCUUACCUGGCAAAAGUACGACGUCGAGGUCGAUAUUUGGAGUGCCGGCUGCAUUUUUGCCGAGAUGUUAGAAGGAAAGCCGCUCUUCCCAGGCAAAGACCACGUCAACCAGUUCUCCAUCAUCACCGAGCUACUUGGCACCCCUCCCCAGGAUGUCAUUGAAACCAUUUGCAGUGAGAACACGCUGAGAUUUGUCCAGUCCCUGCCCAAGAGAGAGCGACAACCCCUGAGCUCAAAAUUCAAGAAUGCCGAUCCCCUCGCCAUUGACCUCCUGGAAGACAUGCUGGUUUUUGACCCGAAAACAAGAGUUUCGGCAGAGCAAGCCCUGGAACACGAAUAUCUCUCACCUUAUCACGACCCAACCGAUGAGCCUGUAGCAGAUGAAAAGUUCGACUGGUCAUUCAACGAUGCCGAUCUACCCGUUGACACGUGGAAAAUCAUGAUGUACUCGGAGAUUCUGGACUAUCACAAUGUGGACAAUCCAGACAAUGGUGGCAUGUCUAUCGAGCAAGCACAAGCCGUAAAUGGCCAGACAGUCCAGUAAUUAUGUCCACGACCUGAAGUCUAUCAACAAGAAAGGAUGCCACCGCGGCGCAUCCAGUUCUCACGUGUCGUUAUGUGCCUAUCAGAAUAAUUUCAGGGAAGCUUCUUGAACGCGGAUCGCAUCUGAGGAUAUGCGUGGGGUUUUUCGAUUUCAGACACAUGACGAUAUGGGUUAGCGUCUCUGCAUGACAUAGUCGGCCGAAUGUGAACUGGCGGGUAUGGUUGGGACACACGGCCAAGUACGAAUAGGAACCUGCUCCGAAAGAGGAAAUACAGUAAUAGCUUCGACAGUUGGUCACCUAGGCCUUCCAGAACAUGAGUCGGGUCGAUGGGCGUGGCAUUCCGAGCGCCCAAAAUGGUCCGAUACCAAAGUCGACUUGCUAGCGAUAUAGGGCUUUGCCUACGAUCCUGGUUGGACUUCUUGAAUGGCGCUGUUGUGGCAAAUAGACAUUAUGAGUUAUGUUUCCCAUUGAUUGCACCGAUCCCGACUAGAUUGCGUUGUCCUUUGCCUCGAAUGCCACGAUCACGGGCUUGUCAAUGUUCCCUAGUGAGAUGAAGAAGGCCGGCCACAAAGCCCGUGACAACAACAACAACAACACGGCCAUGACACCAUCAAUGGGAGCUGGAUGACCGGGUUCACUAGGUUUUCUCGUUGUGAAUGCAGCUAUCGGGGGACCUUUUACCCAUUGCAACAAAACAAGUCGCUGAGAUGCUGAUCCUCGGUGGUCUGAUUAGAGGUGUUCAAGGAGUGUCCAGGAUGAGGAUAGAUGAAAGUCAAGGCUGGUAGAGGCUAGUCAGUAACUUGGAUGCACAUCUAGGUAACUACCCACUCGUGAGUAGAGGAUAGCUAUCAGUUAAUUCUGUAAAGCUCAUGCGG